UGUUCAGCCAGGUUUUGUUGUUAAGUGCAGAGCAGCUCAUUUGAGCCAGAUUUCCCCAAGAUGUUCCAUGGAUACUGCAGUAUUCCAGAAACUCAGUCAAGUCGUGGGCCCGGGGGACUGGCUCCCAGAGCCCUCACGGCCCCUGCCAAUGGUUCCCCAGCAGGACUUGCGCCGGCCACCGCAGCUCACACAGGGACCGCAGGAGAGCAUGAAAGUUCUUCUACUGAAAGAUGCUAAGGAGGAUGACUGCAGCCAGGACCCGUAUGUCAAGGAAUUGGGCUUGCACGGCCUGGAAGCAACGCUGAUUCCCGUCCUGUCCUUUGAGUUCCUGUGUCUUCCUAGUCUCUCGGAGAAGCUGAGUCAUCCUGAAGACUUUGGGGGCCUCAUUUUCACAAGUCCCCGAGCAGUGGAAGCUGUGAAGUUGUCUUUGGAGCAAAGCAAUAAGGCACAAGCCUGGGAAAAGUCCCUGAGAGAGAAAUGGAAUGCAAGGCCCGUGUACGUGGUGGGAAACGCCACUGCUUCCCUAGUGAGUCAGAUUGGGCUGCGUACAGCCGGAGGACACUGUGGGAACGCAGAGAAGCUUGCUGAGUACAUUUGUUCCAAGGAGUCUGUGCCUCUGCCUCUUCUGUUUCCCUGUGGCACCCUCAAAAGAGAAGUCCUGCCCCAGAUGCUCAAGGACAAAGGACUCCCCUUGGAAAGCAUAACUGUCUAUGAGACGAUUCCACACCCUGGCAUCCAGGGGAACCUCAACAGCUACUACUGCAAGCAGGGCAUCCCAGCCAGCAUCACCUUUUUCAGUCCUUCAGGCGUUAAGUACAGUCUCGAGCACAUCCAGGAGUUGUCUGGUGACAGCAUGGAGCAGAUUAAGUUUGCAGCCAUCGGCCCCACCACAGCCCGCGCCCUGGCCGCGCAGGGCCUUCACGUGAGCUGCACCGCCGAGAGCCCCACCCCACAAGCCCUGGCUGCUGGCAUGAGGAAGGCACUCCAGCAGCCUGACACCUGUUGAACCACUUAACACCAUCAGCUGCUGCCCAGAGCAGGACUGCAGGGAGGGCGCGAAUGGCAACGGAUGUGGGCUGGCGGUUCACCCACGUGCACGUCUAUGGAUGCCAACUCGGACCUCGCCCGGCUGCGUGCAGCCCCAGGCCCUGAGAACACCGUGUGCUCAGGCAGGAAGUCCAAUAAAGCCCCUGGCCGCAAUGCUC